AUGGCCCAACGUGUUACUUUCAGAAGAAGAAAUCCAUACAACACCCGUUCUAACAAAAUCAAGGUUGUUAAGACACCAGGUGGUAUUUUGCGUGCCCAACAUGUUAAAAAAUUAGCUACCAGACCAAAGUGUGGUGACUGUGGUAACGCUUUGCAAGGUAUCUCUACUUUGAGACCAAGACAAUACGCCACUGUUUCCAAGACCCACAAGACUGUUUCCAGAGCUUACGGUGGUUCUAGAUGUGCCAACUGUGUCAAGGAAAGAAUUGUUAGAGCUUUCUUGAUCGAAGAACAGAAAAUUGUCAAGAAGGUUGUCAAGGAACAAACUGAAGCUGCCAAGAAAUCCGAAAAGAAGGCCAAGAAAUAA